CUUCGUAUCAGAACUGUAUAUUCCACCAAAGAAAUGUUUGUCAGUGAAAAAUAUCAGUCAUACUUCUGUUUCAAAUUCAUACUCAACUGAAUAACCAAACACAGCAUAACCUAAAAGAGCAACCAAAGCCAUAAAUAUGGAAACGGAAGUGAAGCUUUGCCAAGGAAAAGACGUUUUCGAGCGAAUGAAUUAUUUAUAUCAGGCAAGCCAAUUCGUCGCAUCGAAAAAUAAAACCGUAGCCUCUUACUAUGGGAACGUAAUGGUGAACUGUGGCAAGAAAGCCGUGUUACGUAUGGAACCAGACUUAAAGAGGAGCAUAUGCAAGAGUUGUCAGACUCCUCUUAUACCAGGUGAAACGGCAAGAGUGAGACUUGGAUCGAAACCCAGAAAACUCAUCAGGUGGACGUGUUUAACUUGCAGAAGUAUUAAAAAAUUUCCUACCAAACAAGGCCAUAAAUUAUGGAGCGAUCAAGCCGAAUCUAUCGUUCAAAUAUUUGAUUAUGCUCGGUAUUCAAAGAUGGCCAAUGGGUCGUCAGUUCAACCUGAUUCACAUUAUGUUAAGACAAAUCCUCAAAGUGAAGCCAUGAAUUCGGCCAGUGACGAAAAACCGAGUGGAGAAAGUGUACGGGAAAUCCAUAGCAAGGAAGAUAAGGCGAGCAUAAUUGAAAUAAAACAAGUUGAGUAAUCACUGCUACCGGAAAUUAUGGAACCCAGUAAUUACGGUCUACUUUCACAGUGAAACUAAAUAAACAUCACGGACUAAAUCACAGCGGUAUAUUAAUUAUUAAAAUCCUAAGACAAUACUCAAGUACGAAUAUUUUAUAUUAAUUGCUUACAUAAAAUAUGUUACAAUAUUACAAUCAGUUUGUAAUCGAUAAACAGACAGUUUUUCUUCACUAA